AGGUAUAGUAUGGAUAAUUUCUUUAGUCGGCGCGAAUACGUAAAGUAGUAAUAACUAAAUAAGUAGUCCGACAUAAUAAACCGCUGUUUACAGUACGAAACAACUGUUUUAAUCUCAUUAUUGAACAUUAUUGUAUUUCACUACUGUGACUUUUUUUCGAUAUGGCACCCAAAACAAAUCUUCAGCCCUUUUACCAUGGAUUAGAUGAAAUACCGCAAGGAAAAAUUAAGGAGAUACAGAAAAUUAGGAAUUGGCUACUAACGCAACCACACUUGCCAGAAAUUACCAAUGACUAUAUUUACGUCUUUCUUUUUUCUUGUCACUUUUCGAUUGAGAGAGCAAAAAGUGCCAUCGAACAUUACUUUUCCAUUAGGACCAACCAUCCAGAAAUCUUUGGUAACAGAAAUACUGAGGAUCCAAGAAUAAAACAUGUAAGAAGCUUGGGACACCUAUGGAGACUACCAAAAACUACUCCAGAAGGGUACAGAAUUGUUAUGUACUCAGUUAGAGACAACGAUCCUACAAAAAUGGUUUUCGCUGAAUGUGUUAAGACGUUUUGUAUGUUUAACGAUAUCGUUCUCUCUGAAGAUGGAAUUGAGGAAGGAUACAUCGUGAUAUUUGAUAUGAAAGGAGUCCAGUUAGGUCAUCUAGCUCGAGUGAGUCUUCCAGCUUUGAGAUGUUUCUUCUUAUACAUUCAGGAAGCACAUCCCGUAAGGAUUAAAGGAGUACACGUGCUAAAUACAGCUAGUUGGAUACAUCACAUAAUGAGAAUUAUAAUGCCAAUGGUGAAAUCCGAAUUGCUUAGUUUGGUAAAAUUCGCCAAAGGUAAUGAACCAGAAGGAUUUCCUCUACAACUUUUGCCAGCUGAAUAUGGUGGACAAACAUCUACAGUUGAAGAAUUAGACAAAGACACAGAAUUACUAUGGGAUAAAUAUCACCAAUGGUUACUCGAUAAUGAAAAACUGAAAUCCGACGAUUCCAAGAGAAUUACAAAAAAAUCAUCUUGGUGGAGUUGGUCUCUUUUUGGUAGUAAAACAAACGAAGAAUUGGACGAAAAAAACAUAAUGAAAAAUCUGCGGUAUGAAUGAAAUUCAUUCUGCUACUGUUCUUGUGUAUUUGUUAAUCUUUGGUGUUUUGUAUAUUAUAUUUCUUUCGAAUACAUAAUAGAUCGAAUUAAUUAUCUAUUUAAAAAAUUAUACUUAUAGUGAGAUCAUAAUUUUCAGUAAAUGAUGUGAGAUGGCACUAUUCUUUAUCUAAAGUAUCUAAUAGAAUACCAAUAUUAGAUCGACCAUUGAGAACCCCUCAGAUCAUAAAAGCAAUCCUUGACAAAUGCGGGUGUAUGUCGUAGUGUCGUAGUUGAGAUCUACUUUUUCAGUAUUCGAAUUUUUUAUGACUACACUUUUGAACGUUUUAACUUUCGUUGAAAAUACAUCUGGCCCCAUUUCUUAAUGACUUACUAAAUAAUUUUGUUAUAAUUUUGAGGUGAUUCAUUCCUCGAAUUACUCCAUAUAUGACGAGAAAAUUGAAGUAUUGCAGUCUGCGAUAACCAUAAAUGAUGUGAUUCAAAAUAUAUUCAGACAUCUUAUUCUGCUAUGAAAAAAUCAUUAUUUGCGAUAUUGAAUGAACAAGAACAAAGUUAUCUACUGCAAUUUAGAAACAUAUAAGUUGAUUCUUAUAUAAAAAUCAUAAUUUUGUACUUUUAUACUUUGUAUAUUUGGUUUAAUUUUACUUUAUUGGAAAUUGAUUUAUGGAUCAUAAAACUGAAUUCAGAGUAUGAAAUUUCAGAGUGAAGCAUCACUAAAUUCGAAUAUAAAAAUUGUUGUUUUGACAUUUAUAUCACUCCCAGCUGCUAGUAGAUCAGUCUCUCGAGUUUCCUUUAACCCUAUUUUUCUUACUAAAACUUGGCCGAUGAACAAAACUGUCUUCACUCAUAGGUAAUAUAUUAAUUGUAGUAGCUUUUACUCUAAGAAACAUUAAAAAAAUUCAUUUGAUCUAAAGUUUGAGACAUUACCCAUAAAGACUAGAGUUAAUAAAGUCAAUAAUAGCUUCUUUUACAUACAUUAACCAUUUAGUUUUUCCUAAACUAUCUCAUGUGCUUUGAUGGUUAUUUUUGUAGUAAACUUUCCGGUAAUAUUAACAGCUUUUCUUCGUUAAUAUACGAUCUUCUUAAUUUUUUAGCUAAGCGAUUGAUCUCUGUGGCAAAAAUCGAAUACAAACUUGUACCUCACCAAACAUAAUCAACAGUUACUUGAGCAUACAUUACUCCUAUUGAAACAGGGAUGAGCUUCCCGAAAUUGACUUAUUUUUGUUCAUCUUCUUCUAACAUAAAACAAUUCUAAACUUUUACAACAGCUGCUUGCAGAGGCUCCGUGACAAAUAGUGAGAAAUAAUCAAUUUUAUUUUCACUAAUCAUAUGAUAAUAUAUUGUUAUUGUUUCGUUUACCUCUUUGGCAUAUAGAGAACUAGAAAUUUUUUUUAAAAUCUUCAUUGUAACCAUUUUUUUUUCAGAAACAAGCUCUCUAAACCAUUCGAUCCUCUUGAUCUUAUUAUUAGUAUUCAAUAAAAGUUAUUUGCAGAUUUAUAUUUCAUUUCAAUUAAAGUGGCAAUAAUAUCAAGGGUACAAAUGACGUUUUUUUCAUUCUAUCUUCUUUUUGUCAUAACUCUCUUAUUUUAUAUAUUACAAUGUCUUAUAAAGCUUCAUUUGAAUGGUUUCUCUUUGAAAAAGACUGAAUAAAUAUUUUCCGUAAAUUUCCACUUAUUCACCUUCUACCUUCAACAAAUCCUAAAUCGGUUUGUACUAGGUCUAUAACAAGAAAAAACAUUCUUUUUCGAAAGUUUUUAGAAUAAAAUCUAAAGCUUUUAUGUUAUUUGUGAAAAAUCGAUUAAAAAAUAUGUAACAAAUAAAAGUGAAAAAAUGUUAAUUUUUCGAAAAAACUUCAUAGAGUAAUUUGUGCUCAGAAUGCUUUUUUCUAUCGAUUUCUACGGUGAGUCUCAACAAAAAAAAUAUCACCCUCUAGUUGGGGUGGUAUUCACUCCCAGAGUAAAAGCACAUACUGGCAUAUUUUGCUUUUUAAGGAAUUUACUAUCUAGUGUGAAAAUUUCAAGCAUAUCAAUGCUUCUUGAUGGAACUAACGUAAAAAUCGUUGUUUACUGGACUAAUAGCAAGUACACACAAAUAUAUAGAAUAGAAAAGUCUUAGCUACUUUAUAUGUAUAAACAUAAUUAAUGAGAUACCGCUUGACGGCAAGUUCAUCAAAGACAAUUUUUUAUCUACGCACGCAAACGAAUGUUCGCAAUUAUGACGUUGGACGGCGAGUGGAACAUUGAUUAAUCGUCCUUAAUAUUGCUAUAUAUUAUGAUACUUUUUCUUUUCUCAACUUUCUCUUAAUCCAACUAUGGACAAGUUUGUAGAUUUUUAAUUAAGUUUAAUAAUUAGAAAACAUAUAACGUUAUCCCUGACAUUGGAAUGUGCCUCUCUAUAACCAUAAAAUUUAAUUUUACAAUUCCAGUUUCUGCAAUUUUCUUGCUCAAUAAUAUUUUUUCAAUCAGUUUUAAAAAUAGCAUUUGAUGUUUACCAAGUAGUUGUUUUUAUAGUAUGACAAGUUAUAGUAGAAAUCGAAUGCUUUACAUCAUUAUUCAAAAGAUAAAUAGUAAAUGUAUUGUUAAGUUUAAUUUUAAUAAAUUGUUUCAGUUCAA